UACGAAUUAAAUUGGAGGGCACUCGUUUUUCUGUGGCCACGGCCGUUCUUUGUGUAUAUAUCGAGAGAUUGAAGAGAAGGAAAGAUCCCGCCUUGAUGUGGCGAAGUUUCACAAACCGACGCCCAAUUUUUGGUAAUGGGGAGUGGGGGAGUAUUGGGUUCUCUUUCAAUUUGACGGCACUAAUUUAACGCUCACCUCCUAAUUUCUCUCCAUUUCGCCUUCUCUUCCAACUUUUUUUCUCACUUCCUCUCUGUCCGCCGAUUCUUGGCUCUACUCUUUGAAGCUCGAUUUCGUGCUUCGAAUCAUUUGGGGGAACCUGGAGAAGAUUAGGGAUGAUGGGUGUUUGAGAACUGAGGAAGCGAAGCUAUGGGUACCAAUUCCAAUGAUAAUAACAACUCAGUAGGAUGGAACAGAGCUGGGGGUUUGAUAAUGAAGACUUUGGUACUCGUUGGAGGUGCCCUUUUGCUUAAACGCCUUACUAAGUCCACAACGCGAUGGGAUCAUGCUCGCUUUGUAUCUCAGUCCCUUUCUGGCGAAAAGUUUUCGAAGGAGCAAGCAGCUAGGGAUCCUGAUAAUUACUUCAAUAUCAGAAUGAUUACGUGCCCUGCAGCAGAAAUGGUGGAUGGUUCCACGGUGUUAUACUUCGAACAAGCUUUCUCCAGAACUCCUCAAAAACCCUUUCGCCAGAGAUUUUAUACGGUGAAGCCUUGUUCAAAAGAGAUGAAAUGUGAUGUGGAGCUAAGCUCAUAUGCCAUUCGGGAAAUGGAGGAGUACAAGAACUUUUGUGAUCGGACAAAAGACCAACGUCCUCUUCCUGAAGAAAUUGUUGGGGACAUUGCAGAGCAUUUAACUACUUUGCAUCUUAAGCGUUGUGAUCGUGGGAAACGUUGCUUGUAUGAAGGAUCAACUCCCCCUGGUGGUUUUCCAAAUUCAUGGAGUGGAGCAUCGUAUUGUACUUCCGAAAUUGCUAUCCUAAAGAACAAUGAAGUACAUACCUGGGAAAGGGGUUACGACGAAGAUGGAAACCAGGUUUGGGGAACAAAAGAAGGACCUUACGAAUUCAAGCCAGUUCCAGCCUCCAGUCUCAAAGACAUGUUUUCUCCAUUAAAUUUCUCUCAGCCGUCCAUGGAGAAAAGAAUACUAGAGGGUUCAUUUGUCUUGCAAUAAUAGUCACCUAAUAAUUUUUUCUUAUCUAAUGUAAAUUUUCAUCACCUUUUCUCUCUAAAAUAAGAUCUUGCAUCGGCUUGUCAUGUUUUGUCUCUCUGGUUCGUUCUUUGGUCAAAUGUUUUUCAUGUGUACUAUUACAGUUGAAACUGCCAUCGAAUUCUUGAAAGCAAGCAAAAUGCGCGCCAACUGCUCACUCUUCUAGACAGGCUCUCACAACAAAGUUCGGUUCAGGGAAAACAACUCAGUAAUUGUAUCCUCCUUUCUCAGCUCAGAUAUAUCCCCUGAAGAUACAACCAUAGCUUAGUUUAUAUCUUCCGAUGUUCAAACAUAUAAUGGCCAGAAAGAUAGAUGACUUUUACAAGACAGAUAGUGAAUAAAGUUUAGGCUUAUCAAGACAUUUGAGCAAUAUUUUUGUCCAACCCGGAACUAUACUUAAGAGAAUUAUAUUUUUGGCUACAA